CUUGGAUCUAGAUGCUGCUGAGAAGAGGAGAAUUCAUUUAAUGAGGAAUUAUGAAGGAAUAAUGUAAUUGAAAGCCGGUCUCGUAGCCUUCAUGUUAAAUAAGUCAACUUACAUGAUGAUUGAAGAUAAUAAAGAGAAUGAAGGCAAUGCAUCUGAGAGAGGAAGGACAGCCAUCAUUUUUUCCUUGAAGAAUGAAGUUGGAGGACUUGUAAAAGCAUUAAAACUCUUUCAGGAGAAGCAUGUAAAUCUGGUACACAUUGAGUCACGGAAGUCCAAGAGACGAAAUUCUGAGUUUGAGAUCUUUGUGGACUGUGACAGUAACAGAGAACAACUGAACGAGAUCUUCCAGCUCCUGAAAUCCCACGUCAACAUUGUCUCUGUGAGCCCAACAGAGCAUUUCAAUGUCCACGAAUAUGACAUGGAAAAUGUUCCCUGGUUUCCAAAGAAGAUCUCAGAUUUGGAUAAGUGUGCGAACCGAGUGCUGAUGUACGGGUCCGAUUUGGAUGCCGACCAUCCCGGUUUCAAAGACAAUGUCUAUCGCAAGAGGCGAAAGUAUUUUGCAGACCUGGCUAUGAACUACAAACAUGGUGACCCAAUUCCCAAGAUUGAAUUCACUGAGGAGGAGAUCAAGACUUGGGGGACUGUGUACCGAGAGCUCAGCAACCUUUACCCAACUCAUGCCUGCAGAGAGUACCUUAAAAACUUACCCUUGCUCACCAAAUACUGUGGCUACAGAGAAGACAAUAUCCCCCAGCUGGAAGAUGUGUCCCGCUUCCUGAAAGAGCGUACAGGUUUCACCAUUCGCCCUGUUGCUGGAUAUCUGUCUCCCAGAGACUUCCUGGCAGGAUUAGCAUUCAGAGUUUUUCACUGCACUCAAUAUGUUAGACACAGCUCGGACCCUCUCUAUACACCAGAACCUGAUACCUGCCAUGAGCUCCUAGGCCAUGUCCCUCUUUUGGCUGAACCCAGUUUUGCUCAGUUCUCCCAGGAAAUUGGUCUUGCAUCACUUGGGGCCUCAGAUGAGGCUGUCCAAAAACUGGCAACAUGCUACUUCUUCACUGUAGAGUUUGGCCUGUGCAAGCAAGAGGGACAACUACGAGUUUAUGGGGCUGGCUUGCUCUCUUCGAUUAGUGAGCUCAAGCACUCGCUCUCUGACAGUGCCAAAGUCAAGCCUUUUGAUCCAAAGGUCACCUGCAAGCAAGAAUGUCUCAUUACAACUUUCCAGGAGGUUUACUUUGUUUCUGAGAGUUUUGAAGAAGCAAAGGAAAAGAUGAGAGAGUUUGCGAAAACCAUCAAGCGCCCAUUUGGUGUGAAGUACAAUCCAUAUACACAGAGUGUGCAGAUCCUGAAAGACACGAAAAGCAUUGCCAGCGUGGUGAAUGAGCUACGUCAUGAGCUGGACAUUGUCAGCGAUGCCCUCAGCAAGAUGGGCAAGCAGCUGGAAGUUUAACACCCUGUCAGCAGUGUGGUGCAAUCCAAUUCUUUUCUUUUCCUUACUGAUUUCUUUCAUAGGCUUAUAAUGUGUUGUAGGCUGAACUCAUUCCUUUACAAAUGGAAGAGUGAAUGGCUCAUAAGAAUAAUGUCAUCUUGUUUCUCUCUGUAAAAUCCCUUACAUAAUGUAUUUCUCUAUCCCCCUUAGAUAAAAAAGGUCCGGAGCUGCCUUUUAGAAGCUGAUAGGGGAGUAGAGAAAGUGGUAGAAUGGAGAAGAAGUGUGGUCUUUGGAUCAGGGCUGGGAUCAAAUGCCCCAGAAAGUGGCUUAUGAGGCAAUAAUGGAAUAAUUCACCUUUCUGCCCAUUUCUGACUCCAGUAGUCUUUGCUACUGAUUUUAUAGCAUUGAAGACUUGAUAAUGUAGAAGCUGUGGUAAUCAGUGCUUCUAAGUCUGUACUACUAAGUUUAAAACUUGAAUGAUUACAAUGCACACAUCAGGACACAAACAGCUGGAGGUUCAACAUGAUAAAAUGGAGGGGUCAAAUCUUUCAGAGGGAUUAUUCUUGUCCACAAAGAAUUGCAAAUGUGCUGUCUGGCAUGCUUCUAGUAUAAGGCAGAGAUACAGCUGUUGCAUGCAUCCUAAUUUUAAGAGAUGUGCUAUUGCCUAAGAGUCAGGAUUUGUAUUGCUGUCCCUGAUAUUCCACGUGAGGGAAGACCUUUCCUUACAGAGAUACCAUUUGCCUUUUUCCUCAU